CUCAGGUGGAAACACGUCAAGAAUAGUCUAAUCUCAUGGACAUCAAUAAGAAACAGAAUAACCAAAAAGUGUGCUGUUGAAGAGAUUGUGAGCUGACCAUUACAUCUGCCAUAGAAUGAAGUUUCCAGUCAUCUGUGUGGCUCAGCUGCUGCUCCUGGCACUGUUUAGCUGGGGCGAGGACGAAUUUCAGUGGACACAGACUGAUCGGGGAUCCUUUUAUUACGGCACUUUCCCACCCACUUUCACAUGGGGAGUGGGCAGCUCUGCAUACCAAACUGAAGGUGCCUGGGAUAAGGAUGGAAAAGGACAGAGUAUUUGGGAUGUGUUCACGCAUAAAAAGGGAAGAACGUUCAGGAACCAGACUGCAGAUUCCUCAUGUGAUGGGUAUUAUAAAGUCAAGGAGGACAUAGAAUUGCUAAAGGAACUGAAAGUUUCUCAUUACCGUAUUUCUAUUUCUUGGCCUCGUUUAAUUCCUACUGGCAUUAAAGCUGAAAGUGUUAAUGAGAAGGGAAUAAAAUACUACAGUGAUUUAAUGAAUGUUCUUCUGGGAAAUAACAUCACACCAGUAGUCACCUUAUAUCACUGGGACUUGCCACAGCCCCUACAGGAGAAGUUUGGAGGCUGGCAGAACAUCACCAUGAUCACUUACUUUAAUGAUUAUGCCAACUUGUGCUUUGAGAAAUUUGGCGACCGAGUGAAACACUGGAUCACAUUCAACAAUCCCUGGUCAGUCGCUGUUGAAGGAUAUGAGACCGGAGAACAUGCACCAGGCAUGAAGCUAAGAGGCACUGGAGUAUAUAAGGCUGCCCACCACAUCAUUAAGGCACAUGCCAAAGUAUGGCACAGUUAUAACAAGCACUGGCGCAGCAGACAGAAAGGAAUUUUAGGGAUCUCGCUAACUACAGAGUGGGGAGAACCAGUGGACAUCUCUAGCCAGAAGGACAUUGAGGCUGCAGAAAGAUUUGUGCAAUUUAAUUUUGGAUGGUUUGCAAAUCCUCUUUACAAUGGAGAUUACCCACAGAUCAUGAAAGAAUAUAUAGGUCAGAAGAGCGCACAGCAGGGUCUGGGGUUGUCAAGACUUCCUAUCUUUACCUCUCAAGAAAAGGCUUUUAUUAAAGGUACAAGUGACUUUCUUGGGGUAGGUCACUUUACUACCAGAUAUAUCACAAGCAGAAACUUCCCAUCCACACACGGGCCAAGUUACUUCACAGACCGAGACCUGUCAGAGCUGGUAGACCCUAGCUGGCCUGAGCCAGAGUCAAAGUGGCUGUAUUCUGUCCCAUGGGGCUUCCGGAGACUGCUCAAUUUUGUAAAGACCCAGUAUGGAAACCCAAUGGUGAUAGUAACAGAGAAUGGAGUAUCAGAGAAAAUGCAGUGUGCCGAGCUGUGCGAUGAAUGGAGAAUACAGUACCUCAAAGGUUACAUCAACGAGAUGUUGAAAGCUAUAAAAGAUGGCGUUCACAUCCAGGGGUACACAGCUUGGUCACUGCUUGAUAAGUUUGAGUGGGAUGAAGGAUUCUCAGAGAGAUUUGGACUGUAUUAUGUUGAAUUCAAGAGCAAAAGCAAACCACGUUAUCCAAAGGCAUCUGUACAGUUCUAUAAAAAAAUCAUUCGAGCCAAUGGAUUCCCAAAUCUCAGAGAGGUAGAAAACUGGCACCGUAUAUCUACUGAGACGUGUUCUACUACCAACCAACUCCUAGCUUCAGACCCACUGAUCACCCACAUGGAGAUGGUGACCGAGAUCGUGGUGCCUACAGUUUUCACAUUGUGUAUUCUCAUCAGCGCUGUGCUUUUGAUGAUCCUUUUGCGCAGAAAGCAAUAGGACACAGAACGUGGUACACCGAUAAAAUCACCAUCUGAUAAGUGCUGUCAACUGUGCCCACAGCAAGGACUUUCACUUGAAGACCCCCUCUUCUGGUUCUCUACAAAGAAAAGGGCAUGCUAUGAUAAAUGUACCUCCUACAUGGUGUUUACAGAGGAUUGUGAGUACACGCUUUAUAGGUAGUGAUUUUUAUAUUGAAUUGUGCUCAUUUAAUUAACCUUUUGGCCCUGAUUAGGUCUUGUUCACCUCAUGUUUUGUCCCUCUGUUUGAUGUAUACCCUGGGAAAAGUUCCCAAAGUAUACUUCGGAAGGCUGUGAUGUAUCCCACUGCAAUGGCGUACAGUAGGACACAUUACCAUUGGGUCCCAUUGUAAUAAAAAUAACAUAUACCUUGUGUCAUACACAUUUAAUCUGGUCUACUAUGCUAUUCAAUACCUUUUUUUUUUUUCGUGGUACACUCCUUUGACCUCCGACAAGUGAUCUAGAUAGGUCAUCAGUAUCUUAUUGGUGGGGGUCUGACACCCAGGACCCCCAUCGAUUGGCUGUUUAGUGAAGGCACUGGCGCCCCUGUGAGCACCGCACAUUUUAUAGCGGUUGUGCUUGAUAUUGCAGCUCAGCCCCAUUCACUUGAAUGGGGCUGAGCUUCUCCUAGGCCACAAGGUCGAUGAACAUGUCGUCACUGCCCUAGGGCAUAGAGAAGGACGUGGUGCUCACAGGAGCGCUGCUGCCUUCUCAAACAGCUGAUCGGCGGUGGUCCCGGGUGUCAGAACUCCACCGAUCAGAUACUGAUCUUGGAAAACCCCUUUAAACAUACAACACUAACAGGAUGUGAACAGGACCUUAUACUGCCCUCAUUGAGGACAUUAAAACCACUACACAGUUAACGGUACGCACAUAUGCAAUGACGUAUCCCUUACUAAUAUGCCAUAUUAAGAUGUACCCCGUAAGCCCAUAAGUAACAGGUGUAUAGGCUCAAAAUAUUAAAAAAACAUACCACAAAUAAUAAAAAUUGACGAGUUUGCAGGAAAGGAUGGCAUUAAUGGUUGGCAAUAGCAUAUAUAGUAAGUGUAAAAUAGUAUCAAAUAUAUAAGUACUGGUAUGUAAAAGCACAUGACAGGACAUAAAUGAGUAUAUAUAGUGAAUAAUAUAUUUAAAAAUUCCACAGAAUAUCAUUACUCCUCAAUGGUUGACUAAUUGGCAGAUUGUCGGGAAUGAAGCAGACACUCCCGAUAUCUGUCAGAUCAUCAGCGGAGAUGAGGGCUGAAUUUACAUAAAGCAAUCACUGCCGCUGUAUUGGGACAAGCGAUCGAAACAAGGAUUGUUUGUGCCUAUAGAGAAUUCCUGCAUAGUAAAUCGCUUUUUUUACAGAACGAUCUGCUGCACAGGAAUGAUGAUUUUCCGUGCCGACAAAACAGGAUCAAUCAGUAAACAUUCAUUGGGUGACUGCCAGCACCUUUUACACAGGCAGAUGAUACAAACAUUCAUCCCCGAUAAUCGGCCCGUGUAAAACACCCUCAAAGAGAAAAUUACCAAUCAUCAGUAGGUGGGUGGGUAAAGGAGAUGCUCAUGAAUAACCAUGACUCUUCUCAGGCAGCCGUGACUCUUUUCCAGGCCCAAGCCAGGUUCUUUUUGAAGAGAGUCUUCGGGGGCAGACUGGCCAUAGUCCCCACAAGGAAAUUUCCCUGUGUGCUUAAGUCCAGGGGUCCACCCAAGCCCUCCACUGAGUACAUGUUGAUCUUAUGCUCCCAGAAUUAAUUAAUCCUAGGAGCAUCAUGUAAUUCCGUACCUGGCUAGCGGCAGAAAGUGCCCUCCUGCAUUUAACUGUACUGCUGUCCUUAGGAUGGCAAUACAGUUGAAUACUGUAGCUGGGGUAGCAGUAUUUUAUGCUGGACUGUGGUAUUUGGUUCUGUUAGGGCGGUAUUAUGUGCUGCACUACAAUAUUGCUGGCCCCGUCUACUUACGUUGGCCUCGUCUUCUUGGACCCACCUACAACAUGGGGCAACUGUAAGUUCCCAGUCUGCCCCUGUGCAUCAUGCACAGUUUAAAAAUGAAAUCGGAUCAAAUAACUUUACUUAACUCGCUAAAUGUUUAUGACAAUAAGGAAGGAGGGAAUAUUUCAUAGAUGUUGUAUUUGUUUGCAAUUCAUUGGACUGAUCUUCGCGAUUCUGUAGACUAUGAUUAAAAAUCUUUGGGUGAGCACUAUGGACACUGCAGCUGGAGGAGUCCAUACAGACAACAUGAAAAGAUUUUAUUUUUGCAAAACGUGUUAAUAAAUUUACAGUGAAAUGAAGGAUAGCAUGUCAUUUUUUUGUAAAUACACAGUUUAUCAUAUUCUUAAGGCUAAAGAAAAGUGGGUGGACGGUGGUUUGGUCUUAGUGCAUUGUAUUGAGGCGCUCACCCUGUAUUUACAUAUAGCAAUCAAUGAAACACAGUAUCUAUUCAUGGUAUACAAUCACCCACACAGAAAUAUACUAAAGAAAAGUAUACCGGUAAUUACCUUCUGACACAAUGAUGAAACCCCAAGGACAGGAAGCAUGCAGGCAGCACUCAUUCAGAACACAGGUACAGCAGCCAUCAGUGGUCAGUACAACGGUACAGGUCAUAUUUGGAAAAGGUUAUUCCAGUUUGUGGGACUAGAGCUAUCAAUAAAGGUCCGACGACACCAUUGAUAUAUGAUAUUGCACUGGGAACUGUGUGCCAUUA